UUACUUGCGAUAUAAACUGUUCGUUAAAAAGAUGAAACUAAAAGUUGCGAUAUUUUUUUGUUGUUUGUUAGUAAAAGUUAAUGCUUUUAAAAGUGACUGUGAUUCGUAUUUAGAAUGUCUUGGAUCAUUCUUUGAUAAUUUUUUCUUAGGCCGCACUAAUUAUAAUUUAACUGAAGUCAGUGAUAUAGUUGUACCAGGUUUCGAUAAUGUGAAUCUAGAAAAAGAAAAUUUAAAUAACAUUUUAAGUGGGGUAUCUGGUUUUCUUGGAGAAGAAUUGGAUAGUGAUACCAGAUUUGGAUCUCCGAUCAACAUUUUUCAAAAUGUUAACAACAACACAUCUAUAUAUGUAAAAACUAUAACUAUUCAUGAUAACACUGACAAUAUUGAUUCAGAAGAUAUUAUUAUAGAUUCUGACAGUAUAAGUAAAACAAUUGAACCUAUUAAUUCUUCAACUAUAGAAACGACUGCUUUUAUAAAACCACUUGUAAAAAUAAAUAUCACUAAAAUAGUUCCUAUAAAUAGUUAUAAUACUGUAAAUCAGACGAAUAACAAUUCGAAUGGUGAAAAAUUAAAACAAAACGUUAAUGAAAACGAAAUACCAGACAUAGAUGAUUAUGGAAUUAAUUAUGAUAAUAACGAUAACAGCACAGAUUAUCCUAUAAUAGAUUAUAUAGAUCUGUACAAAGAUACAACAAAUGAAUAUAUAGAAAUCAAAACAACACCAACGCCAGAACAUUUUAAUGACAAUAAUUAUAAAACUGAAACUUUACUUGAAGUUACAAAUACUACUAAUAAUAAUAUACGUGAGAAUAAUAGAAACAAUGGCAGUAAUAUCGAAGGAUAUAACAUGACCGCGGAGUCCGUGAAUCGGACCGUCUUUCCCUGGGUGGCGGCCAUUUUUAUAAAGAACGACACGAGCAAUCAAUUCGACUAUUACUGUGACGGUGCUUUGGUGUCCGCGAAAGCGGUUCUCACUGCUGCACGCUGCGUCCAAAACGAUAUGCAAGUGAAGCCAGAGGAUUUAUUAGUAUUAUUGGGAAAAACUUCGCUUAACUUGAUGAACGAAUACGAGAGAUUUGUUAAAGUAAGGGAUGUCAUAUUACAUGACAACUACACAAAAGAUGGAUUCGAAAACGAUAUUGCAAUUCUUGUAAUGGAAGAUCCGGUGGUAUUCAUCGAACGGAUACAGGCUGCCUGCCUCGGGAUAGAGGACUACAAAGAGUCGAUCACAACCGGUUGGGCGGUUACAGGUGACUUGACUGUAAUUCCUUUAAAUACAGGAGAAAGUGCGAAGUGUAAUGAUAUUGGAGGGAACAAUACGUAUUGUGCUGUUUAUGAAAAUGAUUUGAAAGUAUGUCCAAGUUACGGAGGCUUACACGUAGCGAGACAUACAGACACAUGGCAUCUUCACGGUAUACGUCACGCUGAUCCAAGCGACCGAGGACUUUGUUUUGAUAAUAUUAUCACUUUUACAGAUUUAACUUACUAUAUUAAUUGGAUUAAACAAUAUAUUGAAUAAAUAAAUUUAAUAAUUA